UCACGGGUAGGGCGUUCUCCGAGGUAGGGCGUCGCGACGUGAGGCCUUUGCACUGUUGGGUGCAGCCCGCACCUCGGCUCUCACUAGCCCGGCGGGGAAAAGCCGGCCUCCGGAAUGCGACCAAGUGCCAGAGAAUAACAGCUUAGAGGUCCAAGAUGUCCAAUCUGAGGAUAUUUGCAGUGAAUCAUAAGAAAAUAUCCAGCUUGCACAUUAACAAUAUGUGUUCCUCAAAAAUAAGGGCAAGUCUAAAAAGAUUAAGGCUACAUGUGCUUCUUGGAAGAAAUUACAGUUCCCUACCAGGUUUAAUAGGAAAUGAUAUCAAGUCCCUUCAUUCCAUCAUCAAUCCUCCUAUUGCUAAAAUCCGUAAUAUUGGAAUUAUGGCUCAUAUUGAUGCGGGGAAAACUACCACCACAGAAAGAAUAUUGUAUUAUUCUGGAUACACAAGAUCACUGGGAGAUGUUGAUGACGGAGACACGGUGACAGAUUUCAUGGCUCAAGAGCGAGAACGAGGCAUAACUAUUCAGUCAGCUGCUGUUACAUUCGAUUGGAAGGGGUAUAGAAUCAAUCUAAUUGAUACACCAGGUCAUGUGGACUUUACCUUGGAAGUUGAGCGCUGCCUAAGAGUGUUAGAUGGUGCAGUGGCUGUGUUUGAUGCCUCUGCUGGUGUAGAGGCACAAACUCUUACAGUAUGGAGGCAAGCUGAUAAACACAAGAUACCUCGAAUCUGUUUUUUAAACAAGAUGGACAAAAUUGGAGCAAGUUUUAACUAUGCAGUUGAAAGCAUCAGAGAGAAGUUGAAGGCAAAGCCUUUGCUUUUACAGUUACCAAUUGGUGAAGGCAAAACUUUCAAAGGAGUGGUGGAUGUAGUAAGUAGAGAAAAACUUCUUUGGAAUCCCAAUUCAGAUGAUGGAAAAGACUUUGAGAGAAAACCCCUCUUGGAAAUGAGUGAUCCUGAAUUGCUGAAGGAGAUAACGGAAGCAAGGAAUGCCUUAAUUGAACAAGUUGCAGAUUUGGAUGAUGAAUUUGCUGACUUGGUUUUAGGAGAAUUUAGUGAGAAUUUUGAUUUGCUACCGGCUGAAAAGCUACAAACUGCAGUACACAGAGUAACACUGGCUCAGACAGCAGUGCCUGUGCUUUGUGGAAGUGCCCUGAAAAACAAAGGGGUCCAGCCCUUGUUAGAUGCUAUUACUAUGUACUUGCCUUCACCUGAAGAACGCAACUAUGAAUUUCUGCAGUGGUAUAAGGGUGACUUAUGUGCCCUGGCAUUUAAAGUUCUCCAUGACAAGCAACGAGGCCCACUGGUAUUUUUGCGCAUUUACUCAGGCAUGAUAAAACGCCAAUUGGCCAUCCAUAAUAUUAAUGGAAACUGCACGGAGAGAAUAAGUCGUCUGCUUUUGCCAUUUGCUGACCAGCAUGUGGAAAUCCCUUCACUGACUGCUGGUAAUAUUGCUUUGACUGUUGGGCUUAAACACACUGCCACUGGUGACACCAUUGUCUCAUCCAAGUCCAGUGCUUUAGCUGCAUGUCGUCGAGCGGAAAGGGAGGGAGAAAAGAAGCAUAGACAAAACGAUGAAGCAGAGAGGCUUUUGUUGGCUGGGGUGGAGAUUCCAGAACCUGUUUUCUUCUGUACCAUAGAACCUCCAUCAGUGGCUAAGCAGCCAGAUUUGGAUCAUGCAUUGAAAUGCCUUCAGCGUGAAGAUCCCAGUUUGAAAGUGAAGCUAGAUCCUGACUCUGGACAAACUAUCCUUUGUGGCAUGGGGGAGUUACAUAUUGAGAUAAUUCAUGACCGAAUCAAGAGGGAAUAUGGACUGGAAACCUAUCUAGGGCCCCUCCAGGUGGCAUACCGAGAGACCAUCCUAAAUUCAGUUCGUGCCACAGAUACCUUAGAUAGAACUUUAGGAGACAGACGGCAUCUUGUGACUGUAGAACUGGAAGCAAAAUCACUGGAAACAUCAUCUCUUCUGCCAGUCAUCGAGUAUGCAGCAAGUGUUGCCCAAGACCUUUCUCAGGCCUCACGAGAGGCCAUUGAAAAUGGCCUUCACAGUGCGUGCCUCCAAGGACCAUUGCUUGGAUCCCCAGUUCAAGAUGUAGCAAUUACUUUACAUUCAUUGGCAAUUCAUCCCGGUACCUCCACAGCUAUGAUUUCUGCCUGUGUCUCAAGAUGCCUACAAAAGGCUCUGAAGAAAGCUGAUAAGCAAAUUUUGGAGCCCCUGAUGAAUCUUGAGGUUACAGUGACUAGAGAUUACCUCAGUCCUGUCCUAGCAGAUCUAGCACGAAGAAGAGGGAACAUUCAGGAAAUCCAGACUCGUCAGGACAACAAAGUUGUUAUUGGAUUUGUUCCCUUAGCAGAAAUUAUGGGUUAUUCAACUGUGCUUCGAACGUUAACAUCAGGCUCAGCUACCUUUGCCUUAGAGCUGUCUAAUUAUCAAGCCAUGAAUCCUCAAGACCAAAGUACACUGCUCAGCCAGAGAAGUGGCUCGUCCUAAGUCCUUGGAGACAAACUCAGGAGUACCUACCUACUUCAUUUUCUGUAAGAACAACUGAAAAGGUAGAACUUGAAACAGACAGUGGCACUUGGUGCUGCCCAUUCUAUUUUAUAGAAUGAGAAACGUGCUUUGAUGUUGAAGGUUAAUGCACCUGAAUUGUAUUGUGUAUCUAGGAAGUUAUUACUGUCGGUAGUCAAGAUUCAGUCUUUUGGAAUAUACUGAGUGAUAGAUAUCACGAGGUUUUUGGUUGGCUGAUUUUAAGCUGCGCUCACAGGAAAGAUGUCAGUCUUCUGUGUAUAACAUAUAAAUAAGAUGGAGGUUCAAUCAAUAAAAAGAUUUUAUUCAAAAACAUGAUUUUUAAAAUCAAGCUGAUCGUGGUACAGAUGAUUGUGGGCAUUUUCCCCUAUUUUUCUUUUGUUUCAGUUCAUUUUUACAUUCUGUCCUCGUCACAAUAUCCAGUAAAGACAGGUUCUGCAGCUAUUCCUCGUCUGUACGACAGGUAAAGUACAAACAAAAGAUGUUUUAGAUUGAUAUAACUCAUCUCCAUCUUAAGGAACUUUUAAGGAACUUAACAGCUCAAAUCAGAAUCACUAAACCAUACCACUAAUUAUUGAAAAAAGAGAUUCAUAAUGGAGUUCUAAGUUACAGCAAAAUUUAAUAUAUCUAUAAAACAGUUUACAGUCCAAGCAUAUCUUCUCCUUAUAGGUACUGGAAAUAGUUCCCAAUUCUUCCUAAUUCCUCCUAAUUAAAUCACAGCCUCUUAGGUGACAUACAUUUUUGAAAAAUAAACCUGUCUUACCUGAGCAUUCUGCAGCGGUGAACUGUUAGUCUCCUAUAGGCAUCCUCUAGGCCUCUGACGUCUUUGUGACUCCAGAGUCUCUCACCAACAGCACUUGCCCGAGGCCUAAAAUUUAAACCACAUGUGCCCCAAUGUACUUUUCUAUUUUCUUAAAUAAGCAAACCACAUGCUUGGGGAAGUUCCUAGUGGUUUCCAACUUGGGUACAGAAGGAAAACUCAGGCACCUUAAUUCAAAUGUUAUCACUUAAAUUCCAUACCAUAAUCUUGGAUUAAGGUUGGUUGCAUCCACAUACUCUCCCCAUAGACAAGCUUCUCCACCAAUGACAAGUUUUUUCUGUUCCUGAGAACCUAGAUUAAAAUCAUUGAUGUAAGUUAGGUAGUUGCAACUUGAGGCCUAUAUACAGAGGCAAUGCUGAUUUCUAUUGUUAUCUUAGGGCAACAUUUCUCUCCUGUUAAUCAGGACCUUGGGAGAUGUUCAUGGCUGUGGCACAAAAAAAGGUGGCCAACUUUAUUGCCAUGGCUGACCCCAUGGUUCACACAGUAUUUGUUAGCAUAUGUUAACUAAUGUAGUAGUUAGGCAGUCUGGUAGUAAAGAUACCAUUUUAUUAUUAAAGAGACUAUCUAUAGUAAUUAUGACUUUUUGAUUCUCAGAAAAUGCUUUUUAGAGAUUUUUAGAGAAACAGUUAUGUCAAUUCCUAAUAGACCUACAGUUUUGAAACUCUUUUAAACAGCAAAAUACUAUUCCUCAAAGGAAAUUUUAUAUUAAAGUCUGGUGUACAAAAAUGGACAAAGUAGAACUGUUUUUAAUGAAGGGGGUUUGAGAGCCUGAAGCCCCACCACUCAGACAUGCCCACCCCCAAGGAUGCCGCCUCCUCAGAACCUGGAAGCCACUGAACAGGACGGGAUCCCUGCUUAGGUGUCUUGCAUUGGAGAGGCAGCUCAGAGUAGGAGAUACAAGGUUAAUGCAGUCAGGCAUCUUUAAAUGCAUAGUGAUAACAAGUCUUAUCAGUGAAAAUGGAGAGCAAAAUCUAAGGGAAUCUACUUUGAAGUUCUUUCAUUUAGGGAAGAAUGUGGUUUCUUUCAUAUUGUAGUUGAUCUGUUUAAGUACACACAAACAAAAUCAAGGGUCAAACAUAAAAGGGAGGAUAGUUGGUAGAUGCUACCUAGGUAAGGAUUCCCUGGAGGGAGGGUAGGGAAAAAAACCUAACAAAUCAAGUAACGAUGGUUGCUUCACUUACCCUCAAAACUAAGAGGGUCCACGGCAUAGUAUUUUUUCCAGUCUUGUCCAUAACUGAUCCAGUCUAAGUACCAAGGAGCAGAAAGGAUCACAGGGAAGCCAGCUUCUGUAACUUUACUUUGUUCCCGAGUAUAGUCCUCCACUUUCCACACUUGAAUUACUGUGCCUGGCGUGAGCUAUUAAAGUCACAAAUCACAAUAUAUAUUAUUAGGUCUCGCAACUACAGUAGAUGAAAUUAAAAGUCCAAGGCAUUGUAGCGAAGAAAAUAACUUUUACGAUCCUUGAAAAAAGCAGCAUUUUCUUUUUUCCCCUUUCUCCUUAGAAUUAAUAGCAAAUGCUAUUUGUUGUAGGGACUUAGAAGUUUCAUCAACCUUAAGGUUGGAUAUUUAACCUUUGUCUACAUAUGAUACCAUAUAGGUGCAAUGAAUUAAAGGUUUUCAUCCCAUUUCUACCACACUAUUGUACUUACUUUGGAACUCUGAGGAUGCCACCAACCCUUCUGGAAAGAUAAUACUAGUAUCUGGACUUGCAAAUUCUCAGUUGCCCCCAAAGGAAAAUAAAGAAUUCUGAGUAUGUCAGAGAGAAACGCCAUUUAAAAUAAAAAGUGUACAUUGACAAUUUUACUUAAAACUCUCUUAACAGCAGUAAAGACUUAUUUAUCUGUUUGUUCUGCCCUUCUGAAUAAAGGAACGGUCUUCAGAGUACUUCAA